AUCCAGGCUCGGAGGUCCGAACUCCGGACUCGCCGCCUUCCGGGCCGGCUCCGCGCCCCGCACUCCCGCGCCCCGCGCUCCGGCGGGCGGAGCGCACCAUGCCGCAGCUGGACUCCGGCGGGGGCGGUGCGGGCGGCGGCGACGACCUGGGCGCCCCCGACGAGCUGCUGGCCUUCCAGGACGAGGGCGAGGAGCAGGACGACAAGAGCCGCGACAGCGCUGCGGGCCCCGAGCGCGACCUGGCCGAGCUCAAGUCGUCGCUAGUCAAUGAGUCCGAGGGCGCGGGGGGCCCGGGGCCCGGCUCCGGGACCCGCGGCGAGGCCGAGGUCGGGCCCGAGGCUCUCGGGCGGGAACACACUUCGCAGAGACUGUUCCCCGACAAACUUGCAGAGCCUCUGGAGGAUGGCCUGAAGGCCCCAGAGUGCGCCAGCGGCAUGUACAAAGACACCGUCUACUCCGCCUUCAAUCUGCUCAUGCACUACCCACCCGCCUCUGGAGCAGGGCAGCACCCGCAGCCGCAGCCCCCGCUGCACAACAAGGCCAACCAGCCUGCCCACAGUGUCCCGCAACUCUCUCCUCUCUAUGAACAUUUCAGCAGCCCACACCCCACACCUGUACCACCCGACAUCAGCCAGAAGCAAGUUCACAGACCGCUACAGAGCCCUGAACUCUCUGGCUUCUACUCUCUGACCUCAGGCAGCAUGGGACAGCUCCCCCACACUGUGAGCUGGCCCAGUCCUCCUCUCUACCCCCUGUCCCCUUCCUGCGGAUAUAGACAGCACUUCCCUGCCCCCACUGCAGCCCCUGGUGCCCCCUACCCCAGGUUCACGCACCCAUCCCUGAUGCUAGGCUCUGGCGUACCUGGCCACCCCGCAGCCAUCCCCCACCCGGCCAUUGUGCCCCCCUCAGGGAAGCAGGAGCUGCAGCCCUAUGACCGCAGCCUGAAGACACAGGGAGAAGCCAAGGCAGAGAAGGAAGCCAAGAAGCCAACUAUCAAGAAGCCACUCAAUGCUUUCAUGUUGUACAUGAAGGAGAUGAGAGCCAAGGUCAUUGCAGAGUGCACGCUCAAGGAGAGCGCCGCCAUCAACCAGAUCCUGGGCCGCAGGUGGCACGCGCUGUCUCGGGAAGAGCAGGCCAAGUAUUAUGAGCUGGCCCGAAAGGAGAGGCAGCUGCACAUGCAGCUCUACCCAGGCUGGUCGGCACGGGACAACUAUGGGAAGAAGAAGAGGCGGUCAAGGGAAAAGCAUCAAGAAUCCAACACAGAUAACUCUCUUCACUAUUCCUAGGAGGAAAAAGAAAUGCAUUCGGUACUUACCCGGAGAAGGCCGCUGCCCCAGCCCCGUUCCUUCCGAUGACAGUGCUCUAGGCUGCCCCGGGUCCCCAGCCCCCCAGGACUCACCCUCAUACCUCCUGCUGCCCCACUUCCCCACAGAACUGCUUGCUAGCCCCGCAGAGCCGGCGCCUACAUCACCAGGUCUCUCGGCCGCUCUCAGCCUCCCAGCCCCCUGGGCCGCUACAGGCCCCCUCCAGUGCCCUGCAGAGUACACAGGUACGGCAACAGGAGUCUCAGAGACAGGAAGCCUAGCAUGCACAGGGCACAUCACCUCCUCCAGGGACCCAUCCUCUGAGAGGCGGCGACAGAGCCCCAAAGCCCGUGGAAACUGGCCAGGGGCCCUUUUAACUCCCUCUCAGGGUCCAGGCCCCAGAGAUUUCAGAGGCUGUACAACUUCUGCCUGAACCUGGGGCCAUCGCUUUAAGCUGCUCUGAGUGGUGAGAAUCAGACCUGUGUUACCUGAUAAAGGGGAUCUCUUGUGCCAAUGGCGACCUGUACCUAUUCUUUUACCAUCUGUCUUGCUAGCCAGACACCCCUGCCUCCCUUGCUUUUCUGCUAUAGGUUACAGACAAGCUGGACUGAGCCCAGCUGCUUUCCCUACCCUGUUCCCCCCACCUCCCCCCACCCUAAAAAAACCCAGACAGUUCAUGGAUCAAGAAUGAACUGGUUUAUCAAACAACAUGGGAGCACCGUCACAACCACAAAGCUCAAGAUGACAGUGCUUCUCUCUUAAGGGCCGGGAGAAGCCCUGUUUACAGAAGACCAGCUGCUAUUAAGCUGGACCAGAGGAAACCUCUUGCCCUGUUCUCAGGAGCUUGCAAAAGGAGGGGGGAAUGGAGUAGGUUAAGUUUAGGCCUAUAACCCUAGGCAACAGCAAUAACCUGACACUACCUUACCUUAUCAGGGAAGUAUGGGUGGUAGGGGGUAUCUGGCUCUAGUUCAAUCACUUGGAAAUGUUACCUGAGGAACAACCGCCUAAGAAGUCCCAAUACCAAGGCACCAGGCCUACCACUGGAAGCUGCAGGGAACAGCUGAAAGAAGUCAUGACCCACAACUCUGCUGUGCACCCCUCCCAUGCUGACAGCCUUGUUCACAGCUCCUUUCCAGCUUCUCUACAGCAGUCUACACAGUGCCUGGGCUGUUACAAGAGGGCAAACCAAACCACACAGCCAGUGCCUGUCUUCCAGCAUGAAACCCGGCCAGCUUCAGUUUCCCUGUGGGGCUGCAGGAAGGAGGACCGUUACAGUCAAAGCAAGGAGCCCAGAAAACCUCUAGUGGUGGAUAGUGGGUUUUCACCACAGCCUACUUUAAACCAUUUCUGAGCCAAGCUUCAACCCUGAGCCUUAAAAAAAAUUUUUUUAAUUUAACUUUGUUGUCCUUUUUGCCUCCUCACUGUACAUAGCCUGAAUCCAAAGAAAAGGGGCUGUCCCUGUACCUACACACACCCAACAGAAGCCUUUAGUUCCUACUUUAGCCACUGGCUUCUAAGAACCCAAAGAUCAUAUAUCCUAGUGUGGCACUGCAAGAAGACUUGAGAGAAAAAAAGGACCGUUGUAGUUCUAAAAAUAUUUUUGUAUUGUUAAUGCAUCAUCAUAGAAAAACUUUAACAGGAGAAUAAAGAUACUUUUUACUGGGUUUCUUUUUCUAAGCUUGACCCUGAAAAAUAAGCUGUUUCAGUCACAGAAAGUGACACCCUUUCCUUUUCUUCCCCAGAGCCAUGAGAUUGGGGUUUCUCUGUUGUGGUACACAUGUUCAGGGCUUUCAGCUCCCCUGAAGAGGCUUGAGCCCUGCCCCCACCCCGAAAUCUGGGCUCAUGCUAGGUAUAAGCUAUAAACUCCCAUUCCACGCCUUGCUCUCAACCUCUUAAUCCUCUGACCUCUCCCAACUGGUGCAGGAGCAGGCCAGCCUGCCCCCCAGUGCUCCCUAGAGAAUGGGUUGGAAAACUGCCGCCCACACACCCUAAGACAAUAGGUGGCACAUGACCACCAGGUUCCAUUAACCUAUGAGAGCAGAGAGGAGAGAGAAAACACUCCAUAAAUACAUACUCUAUUUUGAGGAAAACAAGCAAAAAAUCUUAUAACCUGGUAACAUAAAAUCCAAAAUAAGGGUAUUUUAACAGCACUCUUGCUUCCCAAGGACUAUGUUAAGUUGUGUGAAGUAUCUUCAUAUUUUACACAAAAACCCUGAAGUCUGAUAAAUCUACAGUCUUUACACAGUUUCUAUCAUGUUAAAGUAUACUGUUAAUUUCCUGAGACCUACCAUGAAUGUAAAAGGUGUCAUAAAGCCACCUCAGCAGGUCAACCACUAAAUGUAAAAUGUUGGGCAAGAAGUGUAUCCCAACAGCCAGCCGUUCAGGCCAUCACCUUGCAUUGUAAUUUCUUUCAUCUGAGUUGUAUUUUUUGGAUUUUAUAUUUUAAAAUAUUUAUAAAUAAAGGCAUCUUCCAGA